GGGAGGUUGCUACACUAUUUUUGGGAUGACCCUAUUCAAUGACGUAAUCAUCAUGGCGGACGAGGGCGAAGAAAAUCUGAGUCCGGCAGAAAAACUGGCCAGAAAACACAAGCAAGAGAGGAAGGAACUCCAAGCCAAAGUCCAACAGAUGAAGAACUCUGUCCCUAAGAACGAUAAGAAGAGGAAGAAGCAGCUGACAGUCGAUAUCGCACAACUGGAGGCUGAGCUGGAUGAGAGACACCACAGGGAGGAGGAGGAACUGCAGGCAGGGGCUGGUGAUGUGGGCGAAGAGGCUGAACAGUUGAAGCAAGUUGGUGAUGAGAAAAGCAUGUCAACCCUUCGCCAGUUGACAGCGGAGUAUAUGAAGUCCCACACAGAUGACUUCCUCCCUUUCCUGUCCAAACAUGACACCGGAGACCCUUACACACCAGAGGAGUUUGAGGACUACUGUAAUGAUAUUGCAAACACUGCUGCCUGGGGAGGACAACUAGAGCUACAAGCGCUGUCCAGAAUACUGAUGUGUUCCAUUGAGGUUAUCCAGGCUGAGGGACCUGCCAUCAAGAUAGGGGAGGAGUAUGAUGCCAAGCUGCCAAUCAUUCUGACGUACCACCGCCACAUGUAUGGCCUAGGUGAGCACUAUAACACCGUCAGACCUUUGGGUGAAGAAUUAGCUGAAGAGGAAGAUUCCUAACAUCAACCAAACUUGUAACAAAGCAAUGUUGCAAUACUUGUCUUGCACACAAAAAAUCUAUGGUCAGUAGUUGUUGAGAUAAGAACACCAGCCAAAGAGCAGUGAUUAACAAGGUUUGUCUUGUUUUCCUGUUCAAAAAUGUUCUGCUCAACAGAUACCUACCACAAACGUGUAUAUGUGAUGACAGUGUGUGUUGUGUUGAAUGUAUGGAUUCUACAAUGACUGUUUUAAUUCAGAAGGCUCUAUGCACAGAAAGUAGCUAUGCCUGAACAUUGACACUGAUUUCUUUUGUGACAGACAUCACGAUCAAUGCGAAUGUAUGUGUACGGGAAGAAAGUUGUCUUCUGUAAAAUAUACUUGAUAAGGAGUUAAAGAAAGAUGUUUUUAAACACAUAGUUGACCCAUGUAACUAUGGAAUGAAAGGUGUACGUUUAACUGUUACUAUUUUUUACUCAAUUGACAAAAAGAAACGGGUAAUAGGGACAAUUUUUCCCUGGACAGGGGGAGAAGCAAUUAUAAUGAGAGAGGUCAUUUUCUAGAAGGGCUUGAAAAGGGACGCUCUGUAUUUGUAUGAUGUGCCAUAGAUAGGAUUGUAUGAAAUAUUAUAAGAAGUACCGACCCAUCGCAAAGCCAUGUUUAAGCUAAGGGAAACUGAAGUCAUGACUGCUCAGUUGUUGCUAUAGUAACCCACCUUCCAUAAAUAGUUUCAUUAGGUUGUCUGUUUCAUUUUGUACUGGUGAAGGCGACAGAAGGUCGUCGAAACGUUUUCGGAAGAAUUAAAAGAAGGUUGUGUAA